GUGUAUUCAUUUCAUUACAUUACAUCAUCACCUAAACCCUUCUCUUCCGCCGUAGACAGACUCAGCCACCGCCAUCUUCGCAAUAAGGUUUGGUUGUGAAAUAUGAGUUUAAUAUCUCAAAAUGCUCGCUCUAAGAAUGAGACCAAGAGAGAGGAGGACAAUAAAGAAAAAGAGAUUGAAGAUGGGAGAGAGAGUGAUGUUGAUACCCUGGAAGUGAAAAAGAGGAAGCGAGAUGAUGGAAAGGAAGAACAAUUGGCAAAGGAACAAGUUAAAGCGAUGAAAAAACUUGAGAACUUUUUGUUUGGAUCUCUCUAUUCCCCUCUUGAAUUUGGAAAGGGUGAUGAUGAUGAAGUGGAUGCCGAGGCUUCUGAUUUGUUCUUCACUGAUCGUUCUGCAGAUACUGUCCUCACCGGUUACCAAGAAGAUGCUGACUUUUUAGAUGGAAAUUCUGAUGAUGAUGCUUUGCAAAGAAAGCCGGUGUGGGUGGAUGAGGAAGAAGAAAAAGUCACCGUAAACAUAGCCAGCGUCAACAGGUUAAGGAAGCUAAGAAAGGAAGAGGAUGAGAAAUUGAUUUCUGGUUCAGAGUAUGUAGCAAGAUUGAGGGCUCAACAUGUUAAGCUCAAUCGAGGAACUGACUGGGCACAACUUGAUUCAGGGUCAAAAAUGGGUGAAUCUUCUGAUGAUGAGUUGACAGAUGAUGAAAAUAAAGCUGUUGUGAGCCGAGGUUAUGAGGGUGAGGAUAUGAGUGAUAUUCUCAGAACAAAUGAAGACUUGGUUGUGAAGAGCAGCUCAAAAUUGUUGCCAGGGCAUAUUGAAUACUCGAAACUUGUAGAUGCAAAUAUACAAGAUCCUUCUAAUAGUGUGAUAAAUUCAGUUCAGUUCCAUCAAAAUGGUCAGCUGCUUCUUGCUGGUGGAUUAGACCGGAAGCUUAGGUUUUUUCAAAUUGAUGGAAAACGGAACACCAAACUUGAAAGCAUCUUCCUUGAAGAUUGCCCCAUUCGAAAAGCAUCUUUCUUGCCUGAUGGGUCUCAGGUGAUAAUAUCAGGAAGAAGAAAGUUCUUUUAUAGUCUUGAUUUAGUUAAGGCUAGUGUUGAUAAAAUUGGGCCACUGUUGGGUAGGGAUGAGAAGAGUUUGGAAGUUUUUGAGGUCUCUCCUGAUUCUCAAAUGAUAGCCUUUGUGGGUAAUGAAGGUCAUAUUUUACUGGUUUCAACUAAAUCAAAGCAGUUAGUUGGUACUCUGAAGAUGAACGGAUCAGUCCGUUCGUUAGCUUUUACUCAAGAUGGACAAAGGCUGUUAAGCGCUGGUGGUGAUGGCCAUGUUUACCAUUGGGAUAUGAGAACAAGAACUUGUAUGCACAAAGCUGUAGAUGAAGGCUGUUUAAACGGCACAGCCCUCUGUACUUCUCCAGUAGGGACACAUUUUGCAGCUGGUUCAUCGAGUGGAAUUGUGAAUAUUUACAACAGUGACGAAUUUCUGGGGGGAAAGAGAAAGCCUAUCAAGACCAUUGAUAAUCUGACUACUACAGUGGAUUUCAUGAAAUUUAAUCAUGACUCUCAAAUAUUAGCAAUCUGUUCAAGUAUGAAGAAGAGAAGUUUGAAAUUAAUACAUAUUCCAUCCUAUACUGUUUUCUCUAAUUGGCCGCAUCCAAAUACGAGCCUGCAAUAUCCCCGUUGCAUUGAUUUUAGUCCACGUGGUGGUUUUAUGGCUGUAGGAAAUUCUUCGGGGAAAGUGUUAUUGUAUAAGUUGCGCCAUUAUGACCAUGCCUAAAACAGAUUAGAAACUUUGGCAUGCAGAUUUUUGUUGUAUUUUUUUUUUUUUUUGAAAGCGAUUUUUUGUUGUAUUUUAUUUGAGGUUUUGUGGAAUUUUUGAGACUUGAGUUAUAUUUUAUCAUUAAUUAAUGAUGAAACUUUGUUUUUCUGCAUCAAA